AUGUCCAAUCACCCUUUCUCUCAGCAUCGUCUAAAGUCAGAGCCGACUACAGAGAUCACCACCAGCCAUACCAGUCUGUUGGAACAUACCAAAUCGAACGAGCAUGGAUCUUCACCCACAUCCAAGAAGGACAUACAUAUCCACGCCCAUGAUGGGAUCAUCCAAACCGGACAUGAAUUACCUCUACUAUCUCUGAAUCCCAAUGCCAUCAACCCAAAUACCACACCUGCACCACCGGUCCAAACCAAAUUGUACAAAAGGAGGUUCUUCGUCUUGGCGGAAUUAUCAUUACUCAACGUGAUAGUCUCAUGGUGCUGGUUAACCUUCUCUUCCGUAUCUGGAACUUCAUCCGGCUUUUUCAACGUAUCGGAAUCGACAAUUAAUUGGUUAUCUACUGGAUUUUUAUUCGCUUUUGUCGUUGCCUCUCCGGUUGUUUUAUGGGUAUUGAAUAGAAGUACAAAAGCAGCUAUGGUCAUUGCAUCCAGCUUAUUGAUUUUGGGAAGUUGGUUAAGAUAUUUAGGAUCGAAGGUACCUUCAAAUCAUAAUAGAGGGUUUGGGAUAGUAGUAUUUGGACAGAUUAUCAUUGGUUUUGCUCAGCCGUUUGUGCUUUCGGCGCCGACCAGGUUGUCACAUCAGUGGUUUGGAGAUAGGGAGAGGAUCACGGCGACGGCGCUUGCUAGUUUGUGUAAUCCACUUGGAGGAGCUCUCGGACAACUCAUUGGUCCUUUCAUAGCUACCGAACCUGACAAAGUGCCGAAUAUGGUCUUAUACGUUGCUAUCAUUACUACCGUGAUCUCCAUUCCUUCCAUCUUCUUACCUUCCUCGCCACCUCUACCACCUACCACAACACCAUUCAAUGAUACCAAGAUUGACCUUCGCACCCUCAAAGUGAUAUUCUCCAACUUAUCUUUCCACCUUAUCGCAUGGCCAUUCAUUAUCUACGUCGCAUCUUUCAACGCAACCUCCUCUCUUCUCAACCAGAUCCUGGAACCCUAUGGAUUCAGCGAAGAUCAAGCAGGUAUAGACGGAGCAAUUAUGAUAGUUGUUGGACUAGUCGCAGCAGCCAUAGCCUCACCAAUUCUAGACCGCUUUACAACUGGUCGUCCUGGGGUCAAAUUGAUAGUGAUCAAAUUAUGCGUGGUGAUCAUAUCGAUUAUGUACGUUUUGUUCAUAUUCUUGCCCUCAACACGGAAGUUGGUGGGACCAGCGAUCAUAUCAGCAUUGAUCGGAUCGACAUCUUUCAUCCUCUUGCCACUGGCGCUGGAAAUGCUAGCAGAUACAACGUGGCCUAUUGGACCUGAAGUUUCGUCGACGAUAUGCUGGGCGAUAUCCCAACUUAUCGGUGGAUGCCUGUUGGUUUCGAUGACUGCUCUUAAAGGACAUAAGAAGAAUCACCCGGAUCAAUCGAUGUAUAGAAGUUUGGUCCUUCAGGCGGUACUUUGCUGUGUGGUAGCGCCUCUACCGCUUUGUCUGGGAUUAUGGGGAACAGGGAGGAACUCAAGGGAUCCGAAGAGGGUUGAGGGGAGUGAUGGAAUUGAUACGAGCGAGUCGACAGAGAACUCUGCUACAUAG